CGAAGAAAGGGAGAGGCGGAGGGCAGUCGACGGAGGUGUGGGAGGAGAAGGUGGUAAGAGAGGAAGAAGAGCGGGAGAGAGGGCAGUCGAGGGGAGAAGCGAAGGUGUUUGUUCGGUGAAUCUGUGUGUGGAGAAGACGGGAAGGGAGGAGGAGGAGGCGCGAGGCGGAGGGCAGUCGACGGAUGUGUGGGUGGAGAAGGUGGUAAGGGAGGAAGAAGAGCGAGGGAGAGGGAGAGGGCAGUCGACGGGAGAAGCGAAGGUGUUUGUUUGGUGGAUCUGUGGGUGACGUAUUCGUGAUUGAUUGAGAUGGACGCAUGGCGAUCGAGCACGGCAGGGGAGUGGACGACUCUGGGAGGGUCGGUGGGUUUGUCAUCAUCAAGAGGCAUUCGCCACGUGGAAGCAGCUUGUUUAUCGUUGAUAUCCGAGUCGGCGACAGCGACGACGGCAUCGGUGUGUGCGGCAUCGACGUCCAAGGACGAGCUCGAAGCGCGGGGAAACACGUGUGCAUCGUCGGGGACAAUUCCCGCGCUUUCGAGAAAACGCGGGACCGCACUGGCCAUCGCGACACCACGGAAGCCGACGCGCAGAUUGGGGAACUGGAGAGAGCGAGGCGGCGGGAGCCACGUGCCGGCGUCGGUGGGCCUGGCAUCGACGUCCAAGGACGAGCUCGAAGCGCGGGGAAACAUGUGUUCAUCGCCUGGGGCAAUUCCUGCGCUUUCGAGAAAGCGCAGGAGUUCGUUGGCGAUCGUGACAGAAGCGAAGCCGACGCGUAGAUUGGGCAACUGGAGAGAGGGAGUCGGCGGGUGUCAGGGGCAUUGGUGUGACUCGCUUGCAGCAGCUGUCGUAGACGGGGAUGACGGUCUUUGUGGUGGCGGAAGGGAGGUGCGGAGAGAAAGGGGGUUAGUAGUGGGAGGAGGGGGGUGGUGGAGGACGAAGAGCGCUAGUGCGGGGAGAUUGCGAAAUGCAAGUGGCGCUUCCGCCGCUGUGCGCCGCUUUCGUUCCGCCGCUGCCGGGUGCAUCAUCGACGGAGGAGGGGGCUUUGGGGGGGGCCGACACGUGAGCAGUGCUCGAUGCGUGCAGGUGGAUGGGGUGCGGCGUUGUGUGGGAAGUGGGGUGGGGACUGGGUAUUGGAAGAGAACGGGGAGUGGGGGAUGGUCGGGGGAAAACGGCCGUCUCGGUGGCGGCCGUAUCUUGCGAGCUGGCCUCUUGUCCGACAACAGCAGGGCAGGGAUGUAUCGGAUGCCGAGUGAGGUGUUGGAGAAGCGCGUGAAGAGAAAAGGUAGAGGCCAUGGUGGAGGAGGUGCGUUGCGAGGAGUAGGCUGUGUGCUCUUGUUGAGGAAGCUGAUCUGUUUGCAGACACUUUUGGCGGCGGCCUCUUGGGGCUCGAGGUAUGGGUGGGGUAGGUUCUUGGGCAAGGCCGGAACGAGAAUAAGACGGUCGUCGCUGGCGGAGACGAAGGUGGAGGAGGACAGCAGGAAGAAGGCCGGGGAGAGUGGGGUAGAAGGAGAGAAGGGCAGAGGAGAAGGAGAGGGUGGAGACCGGAAGAGAGAAGGAUUGCUGACCGACCGAGUGGGUAGAGCGGUUCUGAGCGGUCGUUCUCUUGUUGCGACUGGUCGCCGACCGACUGCGUCCGUCGGUGGUCCGUGGAUCGAUGAAUUGACGGCCAGGUUCGUGUUCCUCCUGCGGAGAGGAGAGAGAGAUUGGGAGGGCGGGACGGAGAAAGGGGGAGGAGAAGUAGUGGGCUAUGCUGCUGCUGCUGCCGAUUUCGCUGAGGACCGAUCUGUCGUCGUUGGGGAAAUGUCUGGAGGACGCAGGGAAGGGGAAGGCAUGCGGGUUGUUGGUGGAAGGUCUGGAGAAGAAAUGGGGUAUGCUGCUGCUGCUGCUGCUGAUUCCGCCGAGGAUCGAUCCGUCGCCGUCGUUGGUGCCUUUGCGGCGGCUGAGGACGGUGACACGUGGCGGGAGGAGAAGGGAAGUGGCAAUGCCACCACCGGUCGUCUUUCUUCUCCGUUCUCGUUUCUGUCUUCAGCGUUGGCAUUUCCCGUCGUUUGCGGUCCAUUUGCGCCGGAGAAUGGGCGGCGGUUGGUGACAUUUCCCGCCGUUUGCGGUCCAUUUGCGCGGGAGAAUGGGCGGCGGGUGAUGGAGGGGGAGCUUGUCUCUUCCUAUCAACCUGAUGAGAAGAAGGAACAGGGUUGGGUGUUGGCCUUGGCGGUGGCUGUCGCUCUUGGCUGCUGCGUGGCAGUGACGAGCUGGCGGGGAUUUCUCUCCUCAUGGAGAUUCGUUCGGGGGCGCAGUCUCUCGCAACAACAAUGGCAUAGUACGUGUUGCAUUGGUGGGGGCCGUAAUACGAGACGGAUAGGGGGUCUCACGUGGUGCAGAAGGGCUGCGGGGACGGUCCGUCGGGGGCGAGACUGCGUUGCCAGUGUCGAUGACGAAAACGAUGGCGUCGAAGCGGGGAGUCGAUCCCGGGACCUUAUCGUUGAUGGAAACAUCCCGCGUGCUAGAGUCGAUGAACAAGGUAGAGAAGGAGAGGGGAGAGGAGAAGAGAGAGAUGGAGAAGGGAAAGAGGGAGAAGGGAGAGAUGCUGUUGGUGCGGGGUCUCGAUCCCGGGACCUUAUCGUUGACGGAAGAGUUCCGCGUGCUAGAUUCGAUGAACAAGACAGAGAAGGGAGAGAUGGAGAAGGGAGAGAAGGAAAAGAAGGGAGAAUAGCGUGUGAAGGUAGCAGUGAUUGGGAUAGGGUUUUAGGAGGGGGGUUAGGGGCUUUGGGAGGAAAUCGGGAAUGGGAGAGAGGGUUUGGAGGAGGAGGAGGAGGAGGAGGAGGAGGGGGGGGGAAUUACCCCUCUUCACCUAUCUUGAUUCCGGAUAUGGCAAGGCUGGCGGCGGAGAGCUUGUCCGCAUCGACACGUGUUGCAGCUGUGGUCCCCGGACUAGAUGAGGUCCAACCAGAGCCGACGAUCGUUUUCGUUGGCGGGAACUCGACUAGGAGGAAGAAGAGCAACAGCUUUGUGAAGCUGGCCGCUGACCGAGUGGGGCCUUCAGUCGUCCGGCUUGACACAGAGAGAUGGAGGGACAAGGCCGAGACAGCAGAGAGAAGGGCCAGUAAGGGCAUGCAUCUCAUGGCACAAGGAAGCGGGUUUGUACUCGAUGGUAAUGAAGGGACUAUAGUGACGAAUGCGCAUGUCGUCCAGGGUGCGGACCGUGUAAGGGUCACGUUCGUGGAUGGCAGAACAUACGAAGCCGAGGUAAAGGGCACAGACGACCUUACUGAUCUAGCUGUUGUCAAGAUCGAUCUGAAGGAGGGGGAGAACCUUCCGAAAGCACCACUUGGGGACAGCAGCACUGUUGAAAUUGGUGAUUGGGUGAUUGCGGUGGGCAAUCCUUUUGGUCUGGACAACACUAUCACUCUUGGGAUCAUAAGCAAUUUGCAUCGUACAUCAGCCGAGGUUGGAAUACCAGAUAAGCGGUUGGAUUUCAUGCAGACGGAUUGUGCCAUCAACCCAGGCAACUCGGGCGGGCCUCUUCUGAAUGAAUUUGGAGAGGUGACGAACGUGAAGAAGAUUGUCGAGGCUCUUGGUGAAGGUCGGACAGUCCGCCACGCAUAUCUUGGCGUUCAAAUGGUCACACUUACCCCGGAGCUUGCUAAGCAGUGUAAUAUGGACCCCAACUCCGGUGUGGUGGUUCCCGAGAUUAGAGGCGUCCUGAUUGUGAAGGUCAUGCCCGGGUCGCCAGCAGCCCUCGCAGGACUGCGAUUAGGGGAUGUGGUUGUGGGAGUGGAUGGAAACCGGAUGCAGAGCACAGGAUCUCUUCAACAGUCGGUGGAAUUUAGCUCAGUUGGCCAGGCACUGAAGCUGCAGAUCCAACGAGGGGAGAAAGAGAUGGAGAUGGUCGUGAGGACGGGAGAAAUGUCAGCCUUUAUAGACCCCUCGAAGAAUGGAAACGACAACGAUGGAGGAGGGGGUGGAGGAGGAGGACGGGGAGGAGGAGGAGGAGGUAGUUUGCAGGGCAGUAACAAUGCACCAAGAAGUGGUAGUGGGCGUGAAGGAUCGAUGCGGAGGAAGGACACUUUUACCCAAAGGGCAACGGUCACCUGUACGUAGUAGUUGAUCGGAGGGGUAUUUUUUCAUUUGAUUUGACAAUUUGACAAUUUGUAUAAUCCUUUCCUUUCCUUUCAGUAUAAUCCUUUGGUCACGUUACACGACAUAAAUCUAAUAUCGCAUGAAUCUUGGACAUGCGGCAGCAUCCGAGUAAAGCAUUAUCUGUCCGGAACAAGGGUGUUCUUACGCGAAAGGACAACUGCCGUAUGCAAGAGUAGUCUUCAGGAAGUAGACAGGUGUUCUUUCAUUCAGGGUACUGUACAGUCCUCUUCAAUUAGCUAUGAGUCUAUCUGGUCGUAACUCUGUCAAAUAGUCUCAAAAUCUAUGCGUAGAGAGAAGCAGCGGAUUGGGAGUUUUCACAUCCUCACUGCUGGGGCAGUGCUGCGAGGACGAGUGCAAGCGAUCCAUUUGAGUCAUGUUGCAGCUCCGCUCACAGCAGUCCUUGUCAAUUUGUAAAGCUUACUGAAAGGUUCAGAGGUGUCCUGUUCAAUCUCGAGUACAGUUUGAAUUAAAGUACGAUGACAGAUCUGCCAAAUAAAAUCUGAAAAUAUGCAUUCUCAUUGCCAAGAAUAGGCAAUCCCUUCUUGAUUGAUCGGAUCGGUGCUAUUCCGUUCAUAGCCACCCUCAGUCUGUAGUUACUGUGCGGAACGCACUGUGGUCUUCGUCUAUAGUUACCGUGCCCAACCACUGUCGUUUUGUCUUAUAGUUACUGUGUGGAACCACUGUGGUCUUCGUCUAUAGUUACUGUGCGGAACCACUGUGUGGAUCGACUGCGGUCUCCGUCUUCAGUUACUGUGGGGAACCAUCGUGGUCUUUGUCUGUACUUACGGUGCGGAAGCACUGUGGUCUUCGUCUAUAGUUACUGUGCGGAACCACUGUGUGGAUCGACUGUGGUCUUCGUCUUUAGUUACUGUGGGGAACCAUUGUGGUCUUUGUCUAUACUUACGGUGCGGAAGCACUGUGGUCUUCGUCUAUAGUUACUGUGCGGAAYCACUGUGGUCUUCGUCUAUAGUUACUGUGCGGAACCACUGUGUGGAUCGACUGUGGUCUUCAUCUUUAGUUACUGUGGGGAACCAUUGUGGUCUUUGUCUAUAGUUACUGUGCGGAACCACAGUGGUCUUGGUCUUUAGUUACCAUGUGGAUCGACUGUGGUCUUCGUCCUUAGUUACGUUGUGGUCUUUGUCUAUAGUUACUGUGUGGAAAGAAUGUGGUUUCUCUCAAAGUGAUGAGAGUGGGGGGGGUUUGUUUGGACCAGGUGCACAUGCGGCAAGGCAAGCGACGAAGAGUCUGGCCGCUACUUGACAAGACAGCGCAAUCUCCUCGGCUCGACCGAUCCGUGCUCUUCAGUUCAUAGCCACCUCCAGUCUAUAGCUACCGUGCAGAACCACUGCUGUCUUCUCCCAAAGUGGUGAGAUUGUGAGGUUUGUGUUUGGAUCAGGUGCACUUGUGGCAUUUGCAAACGUGAAGAUGCCGGCCUCUACUUGAGUGCACAGAUGACCAAACUUACCAGCCCGCUAAACGUUGAAGCUGUUGGGGCGAUUUUCUCAACUUCACUCACUGUAUUCAUGCUUUGUCUCUGUAUCGCAUGAAUGUGCUUUGUCUCUGUAUCACAUGAAUGAAAAAACAGGACAAGG